UUUGUAUUUAUAUACAUUGUAGUGAAAUAAUUAUCGCAUCUUUGUUAAUUUUCGUGUGAAUUAAUAUUAUUCGAUCAUUUUACGUUGAAAAUUUCGCCAAAUUGGUUAUUUAUAAUCUCCAUCAAGUCCAGAUCUCAUCCCCUCGGUGCCCUGAUGAUGUGGUAAUAGGCAAUUCCAUCGAGAAAUCGAGGAUUGCGCAAGAUGGCGAUUCCACCGUAUUUACUCGGACCCAAUCCAUGGGCUUCGAUAAUACAACAACAGCAACAGGUUCAAGCACAGGUAGCUCAUGCCCAAGCUCAAGCUGCAGCCCAUGCUCAAGCAGUUGCAGCCGUCCAGGCUCAGCUGCAAGCUCAGGCAGCUCAAGCUUCAGCGAUGCCGCCUCCUAAACCGCAGGAGCCUUUUUCUGAAGAGAAAUUGCAAGAGAAAGCCCAAAAAUGGCAUCAGUUGCAAACGAAAAGGUUCGCGGAGAAGAGGAAGUUCGGUUUCGUUGAUGCUCAGAAAGAAGAUAUGCCUCCGGAACACAUACGUAAAAUUAUUCGUGAUCACGGUGACAUGAGCAGUCGAAAAUAUCGGCACGAUAAGAGAGUUUACUUAGGUGCUUUGAAGUAUAUGCCUCACGCUGUUAUGAAGUUAUUGGAGAAUAUGCCAAUGCCAUGGGAACAAAUCCGCGACGUUAAAGUUCUUUACCAUAUUACCGGCGCUAUUACGUUCGUUAACGAGAUACCUUGGGUCAUCGAGCCGGUUUAUAUCGCUCAAUGGGGAACUAUGUGGAUUAUGAUGCGUCGAGAAAAACGAGACCGAAGACACUUCAAACGAAUGAGAUUCCCUCCAUUUGACGAUGAAGAACCUCCUUUAGAUUACGCCGACAACGUUUUAGAUGUAGAACCUCUCGAAGCAAUUCAAAUGGAUCUCGAACCCGAUGAAGAUUCUUCCGUUAUCAAGUGGUUCUAUGAUCAUAAACCAUUAGUGGGAACUAAACACGUUAAUGGAUCAACGUAUCGCAAAUGGUACUUAACGUUACCUCAGAUGGCAUCUUUGUACCGGUUAGCGAACAUGUUAUUGACUGAUCUUGUCGAUGAUAAUUACUUUUACCUGUUCGACACGAAGUCCUUCUUUACGGCUAAGGCUUUGAAUAUGGCUAUUCCUGGAGGUCCUAAAUUUGAACCAUUGAUCAAAGACGCUGCCCAUACCGCAGAUGAAGAUUGGAAUGAAUUUAACGACAUAAAUAAGAUCAUCAUUCGUCAACCUGUCAGAACCGAAUAUCGUAUCGCGUUUCCUUAUUUGUACAAUAAUUUACCCCAUUUCGUGCACCUUUCUUGGUAUCAUGCUCCGAAUGUAGUUUAUAUCAAAACCGAAGAUCCUGAUUUACCAGCUUUCUAUUUCGAUCCGUUGAUCAAUCCGAUCCCUCAGAAGCACGCUCAUAAGAUCGUCGAACCUUUACCAGACGACGAAGAAGAUUUCGAACUACCCGAAGAAGUCCAACCGUUCAUGCAAGAGACUCCUUUAUACACAGAUAACACUGGCAAAGGUAUAGCUUUGUUAUGGGCACCUAGACCAUUCAACAUGAGAUCCGGCAGAUGUCGAAGAGCCAUCGACGUGCCUUUGGUGAAGAACUGGUACAGAGAGCACUGUCCUCCUGGACAACCUGUCAAAGUUCGAGUCAGCUACCAAAAGUUAUUGAAGUAUUACGUAUUGAAUGCUUUAAAACAUCGACCACCCAAGCCACAAAAAAAGAGAUACUUGUUCCGAUCAUUCAAAGCGACCAAAUUUUUCCAAACUACCACGUUAGAUUGGGUCGAAGCCGGAUUACAAGUUUGUCGUCAAGGAUACAAUAUGUUGAAUUUGUUGAUUCAUCGUAAGAAUUUGAAUUAUUUGCAUUUGGAUUACAACUUUAAUUUGAAACCGGUGAAAACGUUGACGACCAAAGAGAGAAAGAAGUCACGUUUCGGAAACGCUUUCCAUUUAUGUCGUGAAAUUCUACGUUUAACGAAGUUGAUUAUCGAUUCGCACGUCCAGUACAGAUUGAACAACGUGGACGCUUUCCAAUUAGCUGAUGGGCUUCAGUAUGUGUUCGCUCAUGUGGGUCAACUUACCGGAAUGUAUCGUUACAAGUAUAAAUUGAUGAGACAAAUUCGAAUGUGCAAAGAUUUGAAGCAUUUGAUUUAUUAUCGAUUUAAUACGGGACCUGUCGGCAAAGGACCCGGUUGCGGUUUCUGGGCACCUGGCUGGAGAGUUUGGUUAUUUUUCCUCCGGGGUAUUACUCCUUUAUUGGAACGUUGGUUAGGUAAUCUGUUAUCCAGACAGUUCGAAGGUCGUCAUUCGAAAGGAGUUGCUAAAACUGUGACGAAACAGCGAGUCGAGAGUCAUUUCGAUUUGGAAUUGAGAGCAUCCGUAAUGCAUGAUAUCGUCGACAUGAUGCCCGAAGGUAUCAAGCAGAACAAAGCUCGUACCAUUCUGCAGCAUUUAUCCGAAGCUUGGCGUUGUUGGAAAGCCAAUAUACCGUGGAAGGUUCCUGGCUUGCCAAUUCCGAUAGAAAACAUGAUAUUGAGAUACGUGAAAAUGAAAGCUGACUGGUGGACGAAUACAGCGCAUUAUAAUCGUGAGAGAAUACGUCGUGGAGCGACUGUCGAUAAAACCGUGUGUAAAAAGAAUCUCGGACGAUUGACCCGAUUGUAUUUGAAAGCUGAACAAGAAAGACAGCAUAAUUAUUUGAAAGAUGGUCCGUAUACGUCGCCCGAAGAAGCUGUGGCUAUUUACACGACCACUGUGCAUUGGCUCGAGUCUAGACGUUUUGCUCCGAUUCCGUUCCCUCCUCUGUCGUAUAAACACGACACCAAGUUAUUGAUAUUGGCUUUGGAAAGAUUAAAGGAAGCGUACAGCGUGAAAUCACGAUUAAAUCAGAGCCAACGAGAAGAACUCGGAUUGAUCGAACAAGCUUACGAUAAUCCUCACGAAGCGUUAUCUCGAAUCAAACGUCACUUGCUGACUCAGAGAAGUUUCAAAGAGGUUGGAAUCGAGUUUAUGGACUUGUAUUCGCAUCUUGUUCCUGUAUACGACGUAGAACCCUUAGAGAAGAUCACCGACGCUUAUUUAGAUCAAUACUUGUGGUACGAGGCGGAUAAAAGAAGACUAUUUCCACCUUGGGUCAAACCAUCGGAUGCUGAACCGCCUCCAUUAUUGGUUUAUAAAUGGUGUCAAGGUGUAAAUAACCUGCAAGAUGUUUGGGAUGUAGGCGAAGGCGAAUGUAACGUGUUACUCGAGAGUAAAUUCGAAAAGAUUUACGAAAAAAUCGAUUUAACAUUGCUGAACAGAUUAUUACGUUUGAUCGUCGAUCACAAUAUUGCCGAUUACAUGACCGCCAAGAAUAAUAUCGUUAUUAAUUACAAGGACAUGAACCAUACGAACAGUUACGGUAUAAUCAGAGGAUUGCAAUUCUCUUCGUUCAUCGUCCAAUAUUACGGAUUGGUGUUGGAUUUAUUGGUUCUCGGUUUACAUAGAGCUUCGGAGAUGGCUGGACCUCCCCAAAUGCCUAAUGAUUUCCUGACAUUCCAAGACGUAGCCACAGAAGCCUCGCAUCCGAUUCGGUUAUUCUGUCGUUACGUGGAUAGAAUCCAUAUAUUCUUUAGAUUUACCGCCGAAGAAGCUAAAGAUUUGAUUCAAAGGUACUUGACCGAGCACCCGGAUCCGAAUAACGAAAACAUCGUCGGCUACAAUAAUAAAAAAUGUUGGCCCAGAGACGCUCGUAUGAGAUUAAUGAAACACGACGUCAACUUAGGUCGAGCUGUAUUCUGGGAUAUCAAAAACAGAUUGCCUAGAUCGAUCACAACGGUAGAAUGGGAUAACAGCUUCGUCAGCGUGUACUCGAAAGAUAAUCCUAAUCUGUUGUUCAAUAUGGGCGGCUUCGAGUGUAGAAUUUUACCCAAAUGUCGAACGACUCACGAAGAGUUCACCCAUCGUGACGGUGUUUGGAACUUGCAAAACGAGGUGACCAAAGAACGAACAGCUCAGUGCUUUUUGAGAGUAGACGACGAGUCGUUGCAAAGAUUCCAUAACCGAGUCAGACAGAUUUUAAUGGCCAGUGGUUCGACGACCUUUACCAAGAUUGUGAACAAAUGGAACACAGCGUUGAUCGGUUUAAUGACCUAUUUCCGCGAAGCUGUGGUCAAUACUCAAGAACUGCUCGAUUUGCUGGUGAAAUGCGAGAAUAAGAUUCAAACUCGUAUUAAAAUCGGUCUAAAUUCCAAAAUGCCCUCGAGAUUCCCUCCGGUGGUAUUCUACACACCGAAGGAAUUGGGUGGUUUGGGUAUGUUAUCGAUGGGUCACGUGCUUAUUCCUCAAUCUGAUUUGAGAUGGUCGAAACAAACAGACGUCGGUAUCACUCAUUUCCGUUCCGGUAUGAGUCACGAUGAAGAUCAAUUGAUUCCCAAUUUGUACCGAUAUAUUCAACCUUGGGAGUCGGAAUUCAUCGAUUCGCAACGUGUAUGGGCCGAAUACGCGCUGAAAAGGCAGGAAGCUAAUGCUCAGAAUAGACGUUUAACUUUGGAAGAUUUAGAAGACAGUUGGGAUCGUGGUAUUCCCAGAAUUAAUACGUUGUUCCAAAAGGACAGACAUACGUUGGCCUACGAUAAAGGUUGGAGAAUUCGUACGGAAUUCAAACAAUAUCAGGUACUGAAACAAAAUCCAUUCUGGUGGACGCAUCAAAGACACGACGGUAAAUUAUGGAAUUUGAAUAAUUAUCGUACCGAUAUGAUCCAAGCUCUCGGUGGUGUCGAAGGUAUUCUCGAACAUACUCUAUUCAAAGGAACGUAUUUCCCCACCUGGGAAGGUUUGUUCUGGGAGAAAGCUUCCGGUUUCGAAGAAUCGAUGAAAUACAAAAAGUUGACCAAUGCUCAGAGAUCCGGUUUGAAUCAAAUUCCGAACCGUCGAUUCACCUUGUGGUGGUCACCGACGAUAAAUCGAGCCAACGUAUACGUAGGUUUCCAAGUACAGCUCGACUUGACGGGUAUUUUCAUGCACGGUAAAAUUCCAACGCUGAAGAUCUCGUUGAUUCAAAUUUUCCGAGCUCAUUUAUGGCAGAAAGUGCACGAAUCGAUUGUUAUGGAUUUAUGUCAAGUAUUCGAUCAAGAGUUGGACGCUUUGGAAAUUGAAACCGUCCAAAAAGAAACCAUCCAUCCUCGUAAAUCUUAUAAAAUGAAUUCCUCGUGCGCCGAUAUCCUUCUGUUCGCUGCGUACAAAUGGAACGUAUCGAGACCAUCUCUAUUAGCCGAUUCUAAAGAUACGAUGGAUAACACGACGACCCAGAAGUAUUGGAUCGAUGUACAGUUACGUUGGGGUGAUUACGACUCGCACGAUAUUGAAAGAUACGCUCGAGCCAAGUUCCUCGAUUAUACUACCGAUAACAUGAGUAUUUAUCCGUCUCCAACCGGAGUACUCAUAGCUAUCGAUUUAGCCUACAAUUUGCACAGUGCAUUUGGACAUUGGUUCCCUGGAUGUAAACCUUUAAUACAGCAAGCCAUGGCUAAAAUCAUGAAGGCGAAUCCGGCCUUGUAUGUGUUACGUGAACGUAUCCGUAAAGCGUUGCAAUUAUACUCGUCCGAGCCUACAGAACCUUACCUAUCUUCGCAGAAUUACGGAGAGUUGUUCUCUAAUCAAAUUAUUUGGUUCGUGGAUGAUACGAACGUAUAUCGAGUCACCAUACACAAAACGUUCGAAGGAAACUUGACGACUAAACCGAUUAACGGAGCUAUUUUCAUAUUCAAUCCGAGAACCGGACAAUUGUUCUUGAAAAUUAUUCAUACUUCGGUAUGGGCUGGUCAAAAACGUCUCGGACAGUUGGCUAAAUGGAAAACGGCCGAAGAAGUAGCUGCGUUGAUUCGAUCGCUUCCGGUCGAAGAACAACCCAAACAAAUCAUCGUCACACGUAAAGGAAUGUUGGAUCCUUUGGAAGUCCACUUGUUGGAUUUCCCCAACAUUGUGAUCAAAGGCUCGGAACUGCAGUUACCCUUCCAGGCUUGUUUGAAAGUUGAGAAAUUCGGUGACCUGAUCUUGAAAGCUACCGAACCUCAGAUGGUCUUGUUCAACUUGUACGACGAUUGGUUGAAGACUAUUUCGUCUUAUACGGCGUUCUCUCGACUCAUCUUGAUCUUGAGAGCAUUACACGUGAAUACGGAAAGAACAAAGGUUAUCUUGAAACCGGACAAGACGACGAUUACGGAAAGUCAUCAUAUUUGGCCUACGUUAUCGGACGACGACUGGAUUAAAGUCGAAGUACAGCUGAAAGAUCUCAUUUUAGCCGAUUACGGUAAAAAGAACAACGUCAACGUAGCCUCACUAACGCAAUCGGAAAUUCGAGACAUCAUCUUGGGUAUGGAAAUCAGCGCUCCGUCAGCUCAACGACAACAGAUCGCCGAAAUUGAGAAACAAACCAAAGAACAAUCUCAAUUAACCGCUACGACGACCAGAACUGUUAAUAAACACGGCGACGAGAUCAUCACGUCGACUACGUCGAAUUACGAAACUCAAACGUUCAGCUCGAAGACGGAAUGGCGUGUACGAGCUAUUUCAGCGACUAAUCUGCAUCUGAGAACGAAUCACAUCUACGUUUCUUCAGACGAUAUCAAGGAAACCGGUUACACGUAUAUAUUACCGAAAAAUAUAUUGAAAAAAUUCGUUACCAUCUCGGAUCUGAGAGCUCAAAUUGCCGGAUAUUUAUACGGAGUAAGUCCUCCGGAUAAUCCUCAAGUAAAAGAAAUUCGCUGCAUUGUCAUGGUGCCUCAAUGGGGAACUCACCAAACGGUCCAUUUACCCAAUCAGCUUCCUCACCAUGCUUAUCUCAAAGAAAUGGAACCUUUAGGAUGGAUACAUACGCAGCCUAACGAAUUGCCCCAACUAUCGCCUCAGGAUAUUACUACUCACGCUAAAGUUAUGACCGAGAAUUCUUCGUGGGAUGGUGAAAAAACCGUGAUAAUAACGUGCAGUUUUACUCCUGGAUCUUGCUCGUUGACCGCGUAUAAACUUACACCCAGUGGAUUCGAAUGGGGCCGUACGAAUACCGAUAAGGGUAAUAACCCGAAAGGAUAUUUGCCUAGUCAUUACGAAAAAGUACAGAUGUUGCUGUCGGACAGAUUCUUAGGAUUUUUCAUGGUUCCCGCCCAAGGAUCGUGGAAUUAUAAUUUCAUGGGUGUAAGACACGAUGCGAAUAUGAAAUACGAAUUGACUUUGGCUAACCCGAAAGAAUUCUAUCACGAAAUCCACAGGCCAGCCCAUUUCCUUAAUUUCUCAUCCUUAGAGGACGGCGAUAGUGUGGGUGCCGAUAAAGAAAACAUGUUCGCGUAAUAUCUUGUGUGUGUAUUUUUAUCUCGAAUUACUUGCUUUGGAAGCUGGGCGAAGUUUAGUGUGUAUAUAUGAAAUUUUGUCAUUUAGUUUAUAUGACCUUUAUGUACUUCUAUACGAUUUAUUUUUUUGUAAUUGAAUUUCGUUUCGUAUUUAUGUAAUUAUACGUGUAUUUUAAAAUAUCAAA